UGUACUGUUUUACACACACAGAACGAGGCAGCUCCAUCUCUGUUAUCUGUGUCACCCAGAUUACAAAACUUCUCCACACACCAACCUCUUCUUUUUUUCUUCAAUUCUUCCAACUUCCAUUUUCGUCCAUUUUUGUUCUCACGCUCUCUCCCUCACAUUUCUGCAAAAUCUUGCCUUCAUUUCAAACGACCACAAGACUCACCCUGCUCUCGUUGUUUUAGCACCCUCUACUUUUUACUGUCUUUUACUUUGUUUAUAGCUUCCAUUUUCCCCAAUUAAUGCCUUUAAAUUUUUGACUCACCGAAAUACUUUUUUCCUUUUUCAUUGAAAAGCUACUACUCCUCUGUUUCACUCUGUUUUUUAUUUUUUUUACUCCCCUGUCUUACUUGAAACUAGUGUUGAUAAAUCCACUGAAAUUAUGUUUCAAUUCUCUUUAAUAAGCUUUCUCCAAGUGGGAUUUUUAGUUUUGUGAAGAAAGUUUUCUGGUUCUACGAGUUCUAAAGAGGUUUGCUCUGUUUCGAACCUGAACUCUAUGUUUUUAUUUUCUUAAUUUAUUUUAUUUGGUUUUUAGGUUUUAGUGUUUGCAACUAAAUUGACGUGAAAAUGGGUCUAUCAAGCUCUAAAACUGAGAGAAAUGAAGCUUUGCGUUUGUGCAAAGCGAGGAGGAAAUUUAUCAAACAGGCAAUUGAUUCAAGGUAUGCAUUUGCAGCUGCUCAUGUUUCUUAUACUCAGUCUCUUAAAAAUAUUGGCAUUGCUUUAAGGAGAUAUGCUGAGGCUGAGGUUUUGAUUGAGUCUUCUCUAUCAACAACCUCAGCCACUGAGCUUGAUAAAACUCCGUCGCAUUCAUCAUAUCCAUCACCAUCAUCUUCACAUAUUAAUGAAGUAUCUGAUUCACCAUUGCAUAAUGAGCAAACCCCCAGCCCUAAGCUCAGCCACAUUUCACCGGCAGAUGUAAGCUAUAUGAGAACUGCUAAGAGUGCUUUUGUGACCGUUGUGAUGAAUGCAAACAGCGGCGUUAGUAGUGUGGUGGAGGAUGAGUCAUUGGCAAUGCCUAUGCCACCACCACCACCUCCUUUUGAACCAGACUCUUGGGAUUUUUUUGACCCCAGUGAUGAGAGUGACAGCUUUAGGUUUGUGAGGCAAAAUGGGGGGCUUGAUUUGGACUAUGAGGAUUCGAGAGAGUGGGGACAGUUUAAGACUGAAGGCUUUGGUGCUGCUGAUAAUGUGGUUGAGAGAAAGGGGAAGCAGGUCUGCUUGGAGCGAAAUGCAAGUGGAUCAGUGGAAACUUCAAGGGGAAAUGAUGCUCUUGAGCUAUCGGGUUCAAAGUGGGAGAAAACUGCUGUGGAUAAAGAUUUGUGUGCUGAAAGAGAGGAUCCUUCGGAGUUCAUUACUCAUAGAGCUAAGGAUUUUCUCUCGAGCAUAAAGGAUAUAGAGCACCGUUUCUUCAGAGCAUCUGAGUCUGGUAAGGAAAUGUCUGGGAUGCUUGAGGCAACCAAUAUCAGGGUUAGAAUCUCUGAGGCAAAAGGGAGUUCAUCUGCCUCAGAUGCUUUGGCAGCAUUUCGUCUAGGUUGCUGCUGUAGAAAGAAUGGACCGGCUUCUGGAGAACCUGUAAAACAGGUUACAAAGGUCAUUACUUGGAAGCGAACAACAUCUUCAAGGUCAUCUUCAUCAAGGAAUCCACUGAACACAGGAGCAAAAGAUGAUAUGAGUGACAGUGGAAGUGAUUUUUUUGAAGAUUUCUGCAUGAUUGCUGGAAGUCAUGCAUCCUCCUUGGAUAGACUCUAUGCAUGGGAAAAAAAACUAUAUGAUGAAGUGAAGGCCAGUGAAUCUAUCAAGAAGCAGUAUGAUCGAAAGUGUGACCAGCUUAGGCACCAGUUUGCAAAGGAUCAUAGUAUGCGCUCAAUUGAUAAAACCCGAUCAGUGAUAAAGGAUCUAUACUCUAGAAUUGUAGUGGGACUUCAAUCUGUUGAUUCCAUAUCCAGGCGAAUUGAGAAAAUGAGAGAUGAAGAAUUGCAUCCACAACUUGUAGAGCAAGUUCAGGGGUUGAUCCGGAUGUGGAAGUCCAUGCUUGAAUGUCACCAUGCACAGUAUAUCACCAUUUCAUUGGCAUAUCAUUCAAGGAGCCCAGCGGAAACUCCCCAGGGAGAUACCUGCAAGCAGAUUCUGGCUCAGCUCCUGGAGGAGAUUGAAUGCUUCGGCUUGAGCUUUGCUGACUGGAUCAACAGCCUCACAUCUUAUGUGAUAGCUCUUAACGGCUGGCUGCUCAAUUGCAUUAUUCCACAACGAGAGCGUUCCAAAAGCAGGAAGCCUUUCUCCCCUCGUCGAGCUGUGGCCCCGGCUAUAUUUGUUCUAUGUCGUGAUUGGGUGGCUGGGCUUAGUGGUUUGCCAUCUGAGGAACUUAGCAAUGACGUCAAAAUGUUUUUGUUGAAUUUGCAAAAAUUAAUGCAGCAACAAGCAGAACAGCAACAACCGGAGGAUCAGAAAUUACUUGAUGCAAACACUGGAGAAUCAGAUGGCAAAGAUGAAGAGAAAAACGGUAAUGUCUCCGCAAACUUGUGCAGUUUACAUUCAAGUUUGGCAAAGGUUCUUGAUCGACUGAACAAAUUUUCUGAGGCGUCACUCAAAAUGUAUGAGGAUAUUAGACUAAAAAAUGAUCAAGCAGUAGAGUCAUAUGCUAGACUCAAGCCAGCCAGAGUUUAAAUGCUAUGUAAUUAUCCCUUGAUAUCUUUAAGUUUGCUGUUGAAAAUAGAUGUGUAAAUUUGAUGUUGCAUAUAGCUUUUGAGAAGCAUUAAGUUAGAAGAGUUGAGAACUGAAACUCAAAGUACCAGCUGAUUUAUAGGUUUUCAAACUUUUGCUUUAUAAUAUAUCCGAGUGUUUGCAACAA